AUGUCUGCCAGACCCGUUAUCAAGACGAGCACAAUGGCACCAGAUAUGCAGGAGGCUGCGAUCCAGGUCGCCCAGGACGCUAUUCGCGACAAUAAUUUGGAGAAGGACAUUGCAAACGCGGUGAAGGCUGCAUUUGAAGGCCUUUAUCCCUCGCUGUGGCACUGCUUUGUCGGCAGGAAUUUUGGAUGCUUCGUCACGCAUGAGCACACAAAGUUUGUGUACUUGUACAUCGGGCAAAUCGGCGUAUGCCUUUUCUCCACCGCAUGACCACGAGAGGUCGCCAUAUCCCCUCUAGCCGCAUCUAGAGUUCUCGCGACGGGUCUUCUGCAGGAAGGUCUCGAGAUUAUCAGCAAUGGGCCAAGGCGAAAGCUUGGCAAGCGUUACCACGUGCUAGUCAAAGGAGCACACGAAGGAAAAGAGAGGUCUAAGUC